CUUGAAAAGAAUGGUUGUGAAGAAGGGCUACCGACUUCAAGUAAUUCAGACGUGCCUUUGUGUCGAGAAAAGCCCCUCGUCGUGACGCUAACCACCAUAGCCACCCACACGAGCACAGUCGCUUUGGCAGCUGAUAGAAAUAUCCAAAGAAAUUCAAAUUCGAGUGCUCUCACCACCACCGACGUUUCGUGCAUCCUCUCGAAGUCCUGUCCUGAGUCCUGUGAGGUUUUGCAAGGAAGGUCGCUGAAGAUGUCUGACUGA